GGCUUGAGCAGCGCGGCGUCGGGGUCGAGUGUAGUGUCCCCGUUGGCGCCGCCGGCUUUGCGUCGGGCUUCAUCUCAGCCUGCUCAGGGCCCGCGGCCACUGUCCUUCAAUCGUGUAGCGGACUGACCGAGGAGCCGGCAGCCUCAGGGCGCAUGCGCCUCCUGGGUGGGCAGGCGGCUCUGAGGUCAAAGGUCAUGGGAAAGGUCGGAGAAGGUGCUGGUUUGGGUGCCUCGGACCCAGUUGGUCUGCCAGAGGUUACAGGUCACUGGAGGGGCAUUUUGAUCUCCGGCUAAGUGCCAAGCUCUGGGCCAAUCCCUUGGCAUAUGCGCUGCCUGACCACACCCACGCUGCUGCGGGCCCUGGCUCAAGCCGCAAAUGCAGGACAUCCCAGUGGCCGGAGCCUCCAUAGCAGUGCAGUGGCAGCCACCUACAAGUAUGUGAACAUGCAGGAGCCUGCGAUGGACAUGAAGUCAGUGACCGACCGGGCAGCCCGGACCCUGCUGUGGACUGAGCUCUUCCGAGGCCUGGGCAUGACCCUGAGCUACCUGUUCCGGGAGCCGGCCACUAUCAACUACCCCUUUGAGAAGGGCCCGCUGAGCCCUCGCUUCCGUGGGGAGCACGCGCUGCGCCGUUACCCGUCUGGAGAGGAGCGCUGCAUCGCCUGCAAGCUUUGUGAGGCCAUCUGCCCCGCCCAGGCCAUCACCAUCGAGGCCGAGCCAAGGGCUGACGGCAGCCGCCGGACCACACGCUACGACAUCGACAUGACCAAGUGCAUCUACUGUGGCUUCUGCCAGGAGGCCUGCCCUGUGGACGCCAUCGUGGAGGGCCCCAACUUUGAGUUCUCCACUGAGACACACGAGGAGCUGCUGUACAACAAGGAGAAGCUGCUCAACAACGGGGACAAGUGGGAGGCUGAGAUCGCCGCCAACAUCCAGGCCGACUACCUGUACCGGUGACGCCCCCGCCUACCUGGCUCUGCCCGCAGCCCCUGCUGCCCAGUAAAACAGCUCCGACCCCA